CGUAGCUUCCCUACCUGCGUGACUGCCUACACGCAAAUUAUUCCCACCCCGUAACCACUUGGCACCUUCCAAGUAUGAAAUAAUACAUACAUAGGUAGUCCGUUCGUCAUAACCCGUAGCAGGUAGUCUCAUAGUAGGAAAUCGAGAUUCCCUUCAUGUACCACAAGCGGCCGGAAGCUUGUCUGAAGCCCGUCACGUGUGGCAGCUAACCUGCCCGCUCAUCCGGGGUCAUGUUCCGCAACGGAGCAGCGAGGCUCGCCCGCCAAGCGCGGCAUGGCGGCAUCGCUAUCGAGUCUCGCGCCUUCGCCCGGCGCAUCGGCCAAUCCCGGUCCGCCUCCUUCGAGCCCCUGCGUCCGCCCUCCCCCGCCUCCCUCGGCAAGCCGAAAGCUGCCCGCGAGUUCAAGCGUACACGAAGAUGGGGCCGUCGUCUGCUUGUCGUCUCGCUGGUUACGGGUGUUGCCUACGAGAUCGAUAACUAUGCCUUCGCGAAGGGGGUCGGUCGAUCCCUACUUACUUUCGGCACGGGCCUGCUCGUCGCCCUCGACUAUAAGAUCAAUUUCCGCGCUGAGCCUAUCUUUGGGGGCUCUAUCGAGGACUUGCACCGCCGGAGCGCAGAACGGUUAUUCGAGCUUCUGAGGUCGAACGGCGGGUUGUAUCUUAAGAUCGGUCAGGCUAUUGCGAUGCAGAGCGCGGUCCUGCCGCCGGAGUUUCAGAAGAUGUUUGCGAGGAUGUUUGACGAUGCGCCGCAGGACGAGUGGAAAGAAGUUGAAAAGGUUAUUCGUAAGGACUUUGGGGGGAAGAGUGUGGAGGAGGUGUUUGGGGUUAGUUUUACGGGCGAGGAGGGGAAGGGGUUGAUGGAACGGAGGGCGAGGGCUAGUGCGAGUGUUGCGCAGGUUCACUGGGCGAGGCUGCCUGAUGGGAGGGAGGUCGCGGUUAAGUUGCAGAAGCCAGAGAUCGCGAAACAGGUCGGUUGGGAUCUGUGGGCUUUCAAAGUCGUAAUGCGGAUUUACACAUGGUGGUUCGAUCUCCCGUUAUACAGCUUGGUACCUUUUAUCACGGAACGGCUGUUACUGGAAACGGAUUUCGAAGCUGAGGCUAAGAAUUCGGAGAUGAUGCGGCAACUCGUUAACUCGGAGCCUAGCCUUAAGGGCAGAGUAUAUAUCCCACAAGUCUACCCGGAGUUCACGACGAGACGAGUCCUAGUCACAGAAUGGAUCGAAGGUGUUAGGCUCUGGGAUAAGAAGGCAACGGGUGGUCGUUGGCUGGGAGGGUCUGGGUCUGCUGGUGUUCACGGCGCUCAGUUACAGUUUAACCAGUCUGAUUGGGAGGCAGCACGACGAGAGCUGCGAGAGAAUCCCUUUAAAGAAAAGUUGAAGCCUGAUCGAGAUACCUGGAAAGGACGAAAUGGAAAAGGCGGGUUGGGGUUGUCUAGUAAGGAGGUCAUGACCACGAUGGUAGAUCUCUUUUCUGCUCAGAUAUUCAAAUGGGGUGUCGUCCACUGUGAUCCCCACCCAGGCAAUAUUUUCAUAAGACGUUUACCGUCAGGAAAAGCUGAAUUAGUCCUCAUCGAUCACGGACUCUACGUUUAUAUGUCACCUAAGUUUAAGCACCAAUAUGCUCUAUUCUGGAAGUCGCUCAUGACGUUUGACAACGAGACGAUUGCCGAAAUCACGAAGGACUGGGGCGUCAACGCGCCCGAUUUAUUUGCAAGCGCAACGCUCAUGCGCCCUUAUGAGGGAGGUGAUCAAAGCACGAGAGGCCAUAUCAUGAAAGAACUCAAGGGUAAAACGCCUUCUGAGCGACAUUAUGAAGCCCAACAGCGAAUGAAGCAGGGCAUUCGCGAGAUACUGUCGGACGAGGAGAAAUGGCCCAAGGAGCUCAUCUUUAUCGGUCGCAACAUGCGUAUCGUGCAGGGUAAUAACCAAUUCAUGGGAUCUCCCGUUAAUCGUGUUAAAAUGAUGGGCAAUUGGGCAAGUAGGAGCUUGUUCCAAGACCCGAAUCUUCCGUGGCGGGAACGCAUGACCAAUAUGUGGCAACAUCUCCUCUUCAAGACAGUACUGUUCGCUACCGAUGUGGCGUUCUACACAUUUAAAUUUAGACAGUGGCUUGGAUGGGGAGGCGGGAUGGAGGAUGAAGUCGAGGCUCGCAUGAGAGACAUGGCGAAAGACUUUGGCGUCGAGUUACAACAUGAGGUUUUCGAGGGCUGAGUCCUAGAUUUAGAAGACAUGACAUCUCUGCUAACUAAAUACCACGUAGAAUCAUAAAACCAUAGACGGAUUGGGGGCUGAUGACUGCAUAUAAAGCAUACGGCCGGUUUGUACUAUAGUGUAGAGUACUACGAAAUCCCUUAAGGGAUUAUAUGUUCACCUCAUAAAUUGUACAGGC